GACUAAGUGGAUGUGGUUGCAGACUGAGGACGUACGUCUUCUGCCCCAGACUUCUCUUGCAAAAGUUGUUGAGGGAGCAGGCAGCGUCGCCUCCAUCCUGGCUGUUGGCUCAGGCAAGCCCCUCCAGGAGCUGGCAUGGGGAGCCUCAGGUUCCUGUCCCCCAAAGAGGAGUCUCAGUUCCAGCACCAGGGCGCGGUGGAGCUGCUGGUCUUUAAUUUCCUUCUCAUUCUGACCAUCCUCACAAUAUGGUUAUUCAAAAACCACCGAUUCCGUUUCUUGCACGAAACUGGAGGGGCCAUGGUGUACGGUCUCAUAAUGGGAUUGAUUUUACGUUACGCUACAGCGCCAACUGACAUUGAAAGUGGAACUGUCUAUGACUGUGGAAAGCUGGCUUCUGGUCCAUCAACACUUCUAGUUAAUAUCACUGACCAAGUUUAUGAAUAUAAGUACAAAAGACAGGUCAGCAAACACAACAUCAACGCUCACCAAGGCAAUGCGAUGCUUGAAAAGAUGACAUUUGAUCCAGAAAUCUUCUUCAAUGUUUUAUUGCCUCCGAUUAUCUUUCAUGCUGGAUAUAGUUUGAAGAAGAGACACUUCUUCCGAAAUUUGGGAUCGAUUUUAACAUACGCUUUUUUGGGAACUGCAGUUUCCUGUGUUGUUAUAGGGCUAAUAAUGUAUGGCUUCGUGAAGGCGAUGGUACAUGUGGGCCAGCUAAAAAAUGGAGACUUUCACUUCACUGACUGUUUAUUUUUUGGUUCAUUGAUGUCUGCCACAGAUCCAGUGACGGUACUGGCUAUUUUCCAUGAACUGCAUGUUGAUACUGAUCUGUACACACUCCUUUUUGGUGAAAGUGUGCUGAAUGAUGCUGUGGCCAUAGUUCUCACAUAUUCUAUAUCUAUUUAUAGUCCCAAGGACAACCCAAAUGCUUUUGAUGCUGCUGCAUUCUUCCAAUCUGUUGGGAACUUUCUCGGAAUCUUUGCCGGAUCGUUUGCUAUGGGGUCUGCCUACGCCGUUGUCACAGCUCUGUUGACCAAAUUCACAAAGCUGUGUGAGUUCCCCAUGCUGGAAACGGGUCUAUUUUUCCUUCUGUCUUGGAGCGCCUUCUUGUCUGCAGAAGCUGCGGGUCUGACAGGAAUAGUGGCUGUUCUCUUUUGUGGUGUCACACAGGCCCAUUAUACCUACAACAAUCUGUCGUCAGAUUCCAAAAUGAGAACAAAACAGCUAUUUGAGUUCAUGAACUUCUUGGCGGAGAAUGUCAUCUUCUGCUACAUGGGCCUGGCGCUGUUCACAUUCCAGAAUCACAUAUUUAACGCUCUUUUUAUACUUGGAGCAUUCUUAGCAAUUUUUAUAGCAAGAGCCUGCAACAUCUAUCCCCUCUCCUUCAUCUUGAAUUUGGGCCGGAAACAGAAGAUCCCCUGGAACUUUCAGCACAUGAUGAUGUUCUCAGGUCUACGGGGAGCAAUAGCAUUUGCCUUAGCUAUUCGAGACACCGAAUCUGAGCCCAAACAAAUGAUGUUCACAACCACUCUGCUCAUCGUUUUCUUCACGGUCUGGGUAUUUGGGGGAGGAACCACACCAAUGCUGACGUGGCUUCAAAUCAGAGUUGGUGUUGAUCCAGAUGAAGAUCUGAAGGCAGACUCUUCACAGCAGGGAGGAGAUAAUCUGGACAGAAACUCUACAAAGGCAGAGAGUGCUUGGCUUUUCCGAAUCUGGUAUGGUUUUGACCAUAAAUAUCUGAAACCAAUUUUGACUCAUUCUGGCCCACCGCUCACGACCACGUUACCAGAAUGGUGUAAUCCAAUUUCCAAAUUGCUGACUAGUCCAAAAGCAUAUGGGGAUCAUCUGAAAGAGGAUGACACAGACUGCAUUGUGACUCACGACGAACUGGCCAUGAACUUCCAAGAGCAAGACCCCUUGCCCUCCAGUCCCUCUCCGGGGUUGGAGCAGGACCCAAAAGCCUCCCCGAAGACUCCAAGCAAAGAGAACAUUUACGAGGGGGACCUUGGAUUAGGCGGAUAUGGACUCAAGCUUGAACACACUCCUGGUCAAUCCCAGCUGAAUUCACUGGCAUGAACCUUGCGCCUGUAAUCACCAGUAAUGCUGGUGGAGGAUCACGCAGGAAUACAAGCCCAGCUGAUUAGACCGAGCUGGGGAGACGCUGGGAAAUGGAUUAAAAGCAUAAAUUGGAGAGAAUCGAAAUCUUGUCACAUGCAUCCCCCUGGUGCCUGAAGAAAUGAGAAUGUAUGAUCAUCCCUCCAUAUUAUACAACUGAAUUUAAUUUCUGACAGCAGCAAUUUUUAUUAAUGAAUUGGGGGGAGGGGAGGGUCAAUAAUCUAACAUCUCC